AUGGAGAUGCCCUACCGCUACCGGCUUGUGAAGCGCAAAAGUAAUAAUAGAACAUCCCCCACACUGGAGCGGGUUGUUCGUCGUCGCUCGGGUAACAUUGAGAACAGCGAGGAGUCGAGGGCACAAUGGUGCGCAAUUGGCAAUCCUCCAAAGUCCCGCGAGCCCGAAGCCCCGCAACCGCCUCGGCAGCAGCAAAUCUCCCUGCUGCAGCCCGGCUUAGGGCCAACCGAUAGCCAAAUUGUUACUAUCCCGUUCACCGCUCGUGUAGUACAUCAUCUCGUACCGAGAGCACUCGCUAAUGGGUCGCCUGCCGGGCCGUGGCAGAUGUCGCCUCGCGCCGGAUACACCCGCCUUCGGAGCAGCCACUUGCGUUCCGUUCGC